AGAAAAAAAAAUAAAUAAUAAAAAAUUAAAUUAUGGGGAAGGAAAACGACAAGGGUUUUUCAUUCGGAGGCAAUCAGACUCCUCCGAGAUGAUGAUGAACCACAAGACCCACCACCACCGCUCUUCUCCGUCACGCAACUCUCCGCCAGAAACCCAUUCCGGAAAAUUAAUGUGUGUCAUCGCUCUCCCUGUUCCUGCCCUCAACAACAAUGAUCAAAAUUCUUCUGCCGUUUCUCAAAUCAUCAAUGGCGCCUGCAAUGUUGGUAGUAAACGGAAGAAAAAACAUUCCGAUGCUCAAAAAUGCACCCACCAUGUGCAGGGAUGUGAUCAAGUUAACGCUAAACAGGAGGAGGAGCAUCUUGGAAAUGAAAAAAAGUUUGUAGAUUUUGGUAAGGUGAAAAUGAAGAAGAGGAAGGGUUCAGACAUUGACGAUUUUCAGCAUUGUGGAGACAACAAAUUGAAGAAAAAGAAGAAGAAUAACUCCACAGAAGAGGGGGAGCAUAUGGUAACUGAAAACACUUUACUACAGCAUUUUGGUACGCCUGAGCGCAAGGAUGAAAUUUCUAACAGGGUGAUUGAAACAACUACAGAAUGUGAUCAUUCUAAAAACAAGAGGACACUACAAGUUAAUGCUACAAAGGCGGAGGAGAUUUUGGGAACUGGAAACACUUCAGAGUAUCUUGUUACUGAUAUGAAGAAUGGAGCUCCUAAGAAACACAAAAAGUACAAGAAACAAAAGGAUUUGAUGGUUAAUGAGUCAACUACGGUGGUGAAAAGAAAGAGAAUGAAACCUGAGAGCAGAAAGGAGGAGGAACAUUUGGUUAAGGACAGUAAUUUACAGCAUCUUAGUAUGCUUGUGUCUAGUAAGGAGGAGGAGAAAAAACAAAGGGUAAAAGAGACAAGCCCACUUUUGAAUCAGGUUAAUGAUGCUAAGAAUGAGAAGAAAAAGAAGACAUCAUUAGAUAACACUACAGAAGAGGGUGAACAUGUGCAAAUUGAUAACAACUUACAGAAGCUGAAACAUAAGGUUGCAGAGAUGACUGCUCAUUUGAAUGAAGGAUGUGAAUCUAACAAAAAGAAGAAGAAGAAGAAGAAGAAGAAGAAGAAGAAGAAGCAUCUGAGACCCAAUGAUAGUGCACAAGAUUUAGUUAAAGGUGAUGAGCAAGAUAAUGUUUCUAAAAACAAGAAGAGGGAGCGUCUGGUUCUGGAUAAUCCGUUUUCUGAAUUCAUGUACACAGGUGGCAGUGGUCAUACAAUUUCUAAUAAGGUAGGUACAUUUUGGCAUUCAACCUCUCAUGGGAUUGCUUCCAAUGAACAAAAUGAUCAAAAGACAUCACCCUACUUCCACAUGGCAGUAGUAAAAGAAGAAAAGCAAGGUUCAAUUGAUGAUCAAAAGGCAUCAUCAGUAAAAGAAGAUGAAGGCUCUCAGAAAAAGAAAGACACGGUCAGAGUGUCACCCUACUUUCAGAAGGCAGUAGCAAAAGAGGAAGAAGCUUCUGUUGGUGAUAAGAACAAGUCCAGAGUGAAGGUAUCGCCUUACUUUCAAAAGACACUAAAAGGAAAAGUGGCUUCGUCUUCUUCUGCUGUAGGUCGCUGCAAUAAAGGGGGGGAAGGAGAAUCAACAAAAGAUGAUAGUAAUAAUAAUAAAAAAGAAAGUGAAAACACCAAGAAAAAGAAGAAGAGAUCAGAUUACCUUACUGUUGCACAAAAGAGAGAUGAGGCAUACAAAAAAAAAACUCCAGAUAACACAUGGAUUCCUCCUCGAUCCUGUCAUAAUCUCAUUCAGGAGGAUCAUAUCCAUGAUCCUUGGAGGAUUCUCACUAUAUGUCUACUUUUAAAUCAAACACAGGGGUUGCAGGUGAAACGGGUUAUAUCGGAUUUCUUUACUUUAUGCCCAGAUGCAAAAACUGCUAGUCAGGUUCCAGUACAGGUGAUUGAAGAGCUUAUAAAACCACUUGGACUACAAAAAAAGAGGUCAACCAUGAUUCAAGUCCUUUCUGAACAAAUUUUGAAUGAUGAAUGGACAUAUGUUACCGAACUGCAUGGCGUUGGGAAGUACGCAGCAGAUGCAUAUGCGAUAUUUUGCACGGGGCAUUGGAACCGCGUGGUGCCCAAGGAUCACAUGCUAAACAGGUACUGGGAAUGGCUUCAUGAGAAUAAGGAGGCAUUGCAUUUAGUCGGUUAAGUAUCUGAAUCUAUACAAUAUCUGAUUAUAUUUAUAUUUAUAUUUACAAGUAGAAGAGU